AUGGUACAUAUUGGGAUCCCCAAGAAUUAUACAGCUUCACCUUCAAGCUUUGGUCAUACCCCGUCCUUGACCAUCAAUCGUGAAGUUGCCCUCGAUCUCGACUCGAGCAAUGCCUUCGAAGGUCCCGAAAAAUUACUAGAGGUCUGGUUUAGUCCGACCCCUAAUGCCUUGCAAGGUUGCUCGGAACCAUCUGGCCUGAAGGCGGUCCCGGCGGAGAUAUGGAAGGACAUGCUUGAUCUUGUCAAUUGCAAAGUCUUGUCCAUCGUCGAGUCCGAUGAUGUUGAUGCCUAUCUUCUCUCCGAGUCGAGCAUGUUCGUUUUCCCACACAAGCUCAUUCUCAAGACUUGCGGCACCACCACCCUACUCUGUGGCUUACCACGCAUCCUGGAGAUCGCAGCCCUUUUUGGCGGGUUCGAACGUUCCACCGCUCCACCAUCGCGUGGAAUUGCAAUUGCUGCACCCCCAUAUCGAGUCUUUUACAGCCGAAAGAAUUUUCUCUUCCCUGACCGUCAGCACGGUCCUCACCGAAGCUGGCGCGAUGAAGUUCACACGCUAGACAAGCUUUUUGUGGGAGGAAGCGCCUAUAUGAUUGGCAAAAUGAAUGGCGAACAUUGGUAUCUCUAUUUGACCGAACCACAUACCAUGUUGACUCCACCGGCUAGUCCACAAAGCAUGGAUAGUCCUAUCACCGAGACCAAAGAAUUGAAGUUGCCUUCUUCUCUGGUUCUCGACCGUGGCCCGAAGGUGUGCGAAGGUGAGGACGAGACUCUUGAAGUCCUCAUGACUGAUCUGGACGAGGAGAAUGCCAAACAAUUCUACCUUGACCAUGCGAGUGCGGUCGCAGAGGAUCAGUGGAGAGGCUCUCAACGAAGCGAGGAAGAAGAUCAUGUCGACGUUUUCAGCACUGCUUCAUCCGACAAUGGAGACCUGUCUAUCAAAGACGAGACAUUCCCAGAAGAGCUCACGACUGAAGGUCAUGCACUUGGUACUGUGGUCUCUCAAGCUUGCGGACUAUCCAGUGUCUAUCCCCGAGAGCACUAUCCGGAUGCCCGUGUCGAUGCGUACCUCUUUACCCCCUGUGGCUUUUCUGCGAAUGGUGUCAUUCCUGCCCCGGACGGCGAGCAAGGUACCCAUUAUUUCACAGUCCAUGUCACUCCCGAGCCAGUCUGUUCUUAUGCCUCCUUUGAGACUAAUGUCCCAGUCGGGCAGAAGGGCAGAGAGACGGUUGAAAUUAUUCAGCACGUUGUGGAUAUCUUCAAGCCCGGCCGUUUCUCUGUUACUCUUUUUGAAGCUAAGAGUUCAUUUGAAGAAAGAGAUGCUGUUGGCCAUGAUGCAUUGGCUGAGAUCAAAAUGCUGGAACGGCAAAUUGCACGUCGUACUGCCAAAAUGGACCAUAUCAAAGGAUAUCGUCGAGUUGAUCGCAUUGUCCACGAUCUGGAUGGUUAUGACUUGGUUUUCCGCUAUUACGAACGGCAUGACUGGAAGGGGGGAGCUCCACGGAUCGGCGAGAAGGCCUUCUGA